CUCUGUAACUUUCCUUUUUCUUGUUUCUGGGUGUUUAUUGGGUUUUGAUUUCAGACUUACACUUAGUUGGAAACCCCAUUCCCAUUUUUCAUUAUAAUAUUCAUUGCUUGAAGCUUGGAGGGAUUCUCCCCAAUUGUGGUCAUAGGAGAUUCAAACACCCCCUUUGGCCCUUUCCAUCAAUCAGAUUGAUGUUUGAUUGAGUUGAGGAUAUGGAAAUUUAGCUCUCUCUUCCUCAGUCCCUCUUGUUUAAAGAGAAAAAGGGAAUGUGCUUUCUUUUUUCUUCUUCUUAGUCUCUGGUGAGCUGUUGCUUAGCUAAUGUCAUUGUUUGUCCAUGUCUACUUUAUGCUCUGAAAGGUUCACUUUUCUUGUCUGUGGGUAGGCAUUUUCCUUUUUCUUUUUUUCUUCACUGCAUUUGAGUAAGCUUGAUCCUAGGGUUUUUGAGAGGAAGAGUGUUCAGUGUAGCUGGUGCCAUAUCAGAUUUUAUGCCUUGUGCACAGUAUUUAUCCUUUCACUUUGUGUCCAUGGGAUGCUGCAACCAGAGGCAUCUGUUGCUUUAACACCCUCUCAGGUCUAUAAAGCUGCAAAGGUUGCUUGUUCCUUGUUGAGUCUGCAAGAUAUCACCAGUCAAUUUUGGUCAAAGCCACAGACUUUGCCUUUACCUUCAGUUAUUUCCUUUACUUCCAUUUCUAGUUAAAGCCCUGCUCUACUUCCAACUCUUUAGUCUUGAGUGGGGGAUUCAUUUGAGUCCAGAGUUUCAGAGAUUUAAGCUUUUGAAUUCCAAAAUGGGUAGUCAUGACAAUGAGGAUAUGGGGUUCCAACAUAGGAAUGAGGGUAGUCUGAAUUGUCCCUCUUCAGGGAUGAGCACCAAUCCAGUGCCUGAAAAGGUUUCAAGAAUGGCAAUGAGUUCAGGUUCUAUUUUUAAGCCUUCAAAUGCACCUGACCCUUUCUUUGGUUCUGGUUGGGAUCCACUUGUUUCAUUGAGUCAAAGUGAUAACUUUGGAGGUUCCUCAGUUGCUUCUCAGAGUGAAUUUACCAAUCCUCCUUACCCCAUAGCGAUGGAAACUCAGGGAAUGAGUAGCACUUCCCACCUUGUUCAAUAUCCAUCUGAUUCGAGUUAUGUUGAGAUGGUUCCAAAGCUUCCAUGUUUUGGAAGUGGGAGCUUCUCAGAAAUGGUGGGUUCUUUUGGCCUGCCUGAGUGUGCUGGGAUAUCUAACCCUGGGUGUGUUGCAAACUAUAACCCAAACAGGGAUGGGGGCAUGGAUAGGACUUCAACAAUGGGUGCUCAAUCGCAUGAUGAUCGCCAAAUAUCAGAAGAGGGUGCUUUAGGAUCUUCACCUAAUGGCAAGAGAAGGAAGCGGGUUCCUGAGUCCAGUCCAAAUAAGAAUGCUGAAGGAGAACUUAACAAGGAUAUGUCUGGGGAAAGCUCUGAUUAUCUGAAAGAACAAGAUGAGAAAAAGACCAAACUUGAAGAAAACACGGCUGCAAAUUUGCGUGGUAAGCAGGCAGGCAAACAGACCAAAGACACUUCCCAAAGUGGAGAUGCUGCAAAAGAUAGUUACAUUCAUGUGAGAGCCAGAAGGGGCCAGGCUACAAAUAGUCAUAGCCUUGCAGAAAGGGUAAGAAGAGAAAAGAUAAGUGAGAGGAUGAGAUUGCUUCAAGAACUUGUUCCGGGGUGCAAUAAGAUUACUGGGAAGGCGGUAAUGCUUGAUGAGAUCAUCAACUAUGUGCAAUCUCUGCAACAGCAAGUUGAGUUUUUGUCAAUGAAACUCGCAACAGUUAAUCCAGAAGUGAACAUUGAUAUAGAACGGAUUCUAUCGAAAGAUAUUAUGAAUUCAAGGAAUGGCAGUGCAGCUAUUUUUGGGUUUAGUCCUGGUAUGAACUCUUCCCACCCAUACGCUCAUGGUAUGUUCCAGGGAACCUUGCCAAAUAUGCCAAGUACAGCUCCACAGUUUCCUUCCAUGCCUCAGACUGUAAUGGACAAUGAGCUCCAAGGUCUAUUCCAUAUGGGUUUUGAUUCGAGUUCGAAUAUCGAUAGCUUGGGACAAAAUGCAAGUCGCUUGAAACCGGAGCUAUAAUCUCUGGAACAGAUAUUGGGGGUGUACUCCCUCCCAACAAGGAUUCAAAUUUUCGUUAACUGUAUUUGACUCGGUUAGAGAAAAGAAAGAGAUAUUUCUUCAGUUGUAUAGGGUCUCAGUUCCUAAUUGUGUGUUCUUCGAAGUUUUAGCAGAAGAAGAUGACUUGUUAUAUCCCGAACUGUGUAUAAUCAGGCAAGAAAGCAAGAGUUUGGUUGGUGAAGAAGAUGAUUGUUUGUUGUUGGUGUUGUAGAAUAGGACCAUGCAUGAAAGCUUUUGGGGGAAACUUCGGAAGAAUUGUUUUCUUUUGUAGAGUGCACCAUUAUAAGCAAAU